AGGCACUCGUGCCGUGGACACGAGGAUUAUGGAUCUCUGACUGGUAGAGACCCUUUGCAUUAGGCAUGGCCAAAUGAUCCGCCCGCCAUAUUAUUGGAAGACCACCGCGGGUAUGCUAAUACAUUGCAAAUGGCGAUUGCCCAUGGUUUUGGCUGCCCAAACCAUGAGACAGAAGCAAGUAAAAGUCGUUUUAACGAUGUAGCUGCAGUCA